CGCGCGCGCCGGCGGAGGAGCCUACGGAAGCGGCGAAGAUGGCUGGCGCCGCCGGAUAUCAAUGUUGAUGAAUGUAAAGGAAUUACUGGGAUUUUCCACCUUUUCUUUUGGAAAAAAUUGUAGAGAUUCCUAUCCUCGUACACCAUUCCUCUUCUGCCCCUCUAUAACUCACCAAAAAUAAAUGGUAGUAUUUUGAUUAAGGUGGUAUCAUGCAGCCUGAUGCUGAGAGAUGCAGACCUCGGGCCAGAAAGCCAGAUAUGGCCCUUUAUGUACCCAAAGCUCGACGGGGUUCAGUGCUUCCCAUAUCAAAUCAUCAGGAAAUGAGCUAUAGGCAUCUGAAUGCUGUAGUGAAUCAAGGGCAAGAAGAAAGUCAUCUGCCCCCAAAGAAUGAUAUCUUCAGAGUCAGUUCUGAACUUCAGAGACCUAGUAGUAAUCCUAGCAGACAAGAGCACAAGGUUAGGGAUGGAAAGAGACAUAAUUCAAAGUCAAAAAAAGGUACAUACUUGAAAGAAAGAAACAGAGGAAAAUUCCAUACUCCUAAGGGAUCUCCAGAGUCCAAAGAAAUGUUCAACAAAAAUCAACAAAAGAUCCCAAACCCUAGUGGUUUUUCCAAAGUAUCUUCACAAAUACAUUUUAAACCAAAGAAAGAAGAGAAAUAUAUAGAUGCCAAAGCCAGCAAUAUGACAGUACCACAAGCAUUACUUAUAUCUCAGUCUAGUACAGAAACCUGUGAGAAUGAGGCUCCUACUAAACAAUUCCAAAGCGUGAAAUUAUAUGAUUUCAGAAAAGAAGAACUAAGUGGGAUGAGUUAUGUAGAAGAAUUAGAAAACAAUACUGAUUGUAGGGUAGUAGAGACAGCAUCUGGUUCUCAGUUUUCAGAUGAGUCUGAGGAUGGCAGGUCUCUUUUGAAUCCUGACUAUGUGCUGGUACCCACAAAGCUAAAGUCGCCUGCUAAAAUUGUACAAGAAAUUGUCCAUACAACAGGUGGCAUACCAAAGCCCCAAACUGAAAAUAUAAAGAGCGUUGCUAUUCAGGGGAGCCCAGAGAAUGUCAUCUUUCAAGCAUGCACAGUCAGUGAACCUAAAAAUGUCAGUGACCUCAGUGAUCCAAUGUUCCUCAGUAGUAUAGCUGGCAUCUUAGAUCAGAAAAAUAGGGCUAGCCUAUCUGAGAUAGGGGGUACUCUUUCUAAUCACAUGCACAUAGUCAGUAAAUUAGAGAAUGCCAGUGACAUUGAGGAUCUAACAUGCAUGAGUGGAGAGUCUGAGAAGAAUGGUGAUCCUGCCUAUGAGUCACACUUGUGUUAUGAACCUGACCAUUUAAGUGACGUAGAUGAUGAACCAUUUCUGGGUAGAGAGCCUGAGGAUGACAGUGACAUCACCAACAAGGCAUGUAUGAGCAUUAUAGAUGAUGGAACUGAUGAGACAUGUGUGGGCAGCACCUCAGCAGUUGUGGGCGGAAUCAUUGAACAGGCUUGUAGCAGCGUAAACAGUUUGCUAGACUGUACGAGAGUAAGUACUUACAUAACCCCUCUUGUAGUAGCCAACAGUUUGGAGUGUGGGGAUGAAAACUCAAGCAGCUUGAGUGUUUGUGAAGACAGUCACUCUGAAGAUAAUUCAUCCAGUUGUCAAGAGUCAAUGGGAAGACUAGUGAAGGACUUGUCAGAUUGUACCUCUGUAAUACCUAUAGAGACGGCAGCAUACAGCAAUCAUGGUUCUGGUUUGGACUCCAAACUCUGCGUGUUAGAUAAUACAGAAUUGUUUUCUAACGAGUCUUUGAGCAGUAAUCUGGAUUGUACAGAUGAUAUCACAGAGUCUUUGCAUAAUUUGAGAGCUGGUGAAGAGUUCAAAACAGGUGAGGAAGAUGUCUCUGGGAAAAUAGAAUAUACUGUAUCUUCAGCCAGACAACUGGAACUGAAAGCUCCUUAUUCUUCUUCCAAUGAUGGAAAUGUUCCUACAGAGGAGAGCUGGGACUCUUUGUUUAAUGAUGAUGGAGAUUGCCUGGAUCCACGACUUCUAGAAGAGUUAUCAGGGAGUUCGAAGAACAGAACAAGUCUCCAGGAACCUAGAUUUGAUUAUUUCAACUAUGAACCUCCUGAAAUUGACAUCAGCGAUUGUGAACUUCCUCAUGUCAUUGAAAUCUAUGACUUCCCUCAGGAAUUUCGUACCGAAGACCUUCUGCGCGUCUUCUGCAGCUAUCAAAAGAAAGGAUUUGAUAUUAAAUGGGUUGAUGACACGCAUGCUCUAGGAGUGUUCUCCAGUCCAAUCACAGCUCGUGAUGCCCUGAGCAGUAAGCACAUGAUGGUGAAGAUCCGGCCGCUCUCCCAGGCCACAAGAGCAGCCAAAGCCAAAGCCAGGGCUUGUGCCGAGUUCCUCCAGCCCGCCAAGGCACGUCCAGAGACAUCGGCUGCCCUGGCCCGAAGGCUGGUGAUCAGCGCCUUGGGGGUGCGCAGUCAGAGGACCAAAGCGGAGCGGGAUGCAGAGCUCAAGAAACUGCAGGAAGCCCGUGAAAAAAAGCGUUUGGAGGCCAAGCAACGGGAAGACAUCUGGGAAGGCCGAGACCAGGCUACUGUCUGAAUAUCACCCCAAGAAAAGGAUAAUUUCAUGAAUUCUGAAAGCUCCAGACUAGAGGACCCAUUCUGAGCUGUCCGUGUGUGAAAAAGACAGACUCUGGAUUCAGAGAGAAAGUAAACUCCUCUGUCUUGGCUGUUCUGUUUAGACCUGAAAGGAACAGUUUGGAAUCACUUCAUGUGGAAAAUGAGAGGAAGCAAUGUUCAUCAACUAGGAAGAAAUUUGUAAGCUGAUGCCUCUUUAAAAGAGUCCACUGAGUGGGUAAGAGAAGUCAUCGGUGUGGGAGCAAUUUGUCUGUGAAGAGUGUAACUAGCCUCGGAGCAGAAGAGGGGAAGGAGGCAUCGGGGCCCCAGGCCAGAAGACUACCAAGACCUUGAUAGGGAAGAUGUAGGCCCCAAAAGACACCCUCCAGCACCUCCUUCAACUGUGACCAGGGAUGUGUGUGGACAGUCAGCACAGAGAAGUGGAAAGUGUUCUCAGGGACCCAGAACCUCCAUUUUAGUGCUAGGUCCAAAGCUGCAGAGCAGGCUGGCAGCAGCACAGCUUGAGGAUGUUUGAUCUCAAGAGUUUCAGCUUUGCCGAGAGCCUGCCUAGUGUUGCUCCUCUCACACGGCAACCAGGGAUGUGCCCGUGGCAGAUGCCCACCAGGGCCUGUGUAAAACACUAACAUCAUGGUGUAAGAGAGAUGCAUUAAAAUCUAUUUCCUGAUGUGAGCGGCUCUCUCUGUUUUCUCAUCACCACAGAGAUACAGAGUGGAGGCAGGGAGGGGAUUCCUUUCUUGUCUUCCUAUCAGUAAUAGUUAAAUGGAGUUUUUAAUUCUUCCUGCGCCCUAAUGAUCUAGGCUUGUGUCUCCCAAAGUUCUCCCUUAUUGUACAAUUGUUAACAUUUGGCAUUUGUGCCUCGUAGCCCCCUCCUUCUCAUCACCCGUCACCCUCUAAUCUGUCAUCCCACAGAAAGCAUCUGGCACACAGCAUGUUCUUAGUGUAAUCAUCUCAGCUUGUGCCAGCAGCACUUGGCAAGCAGCUGGAGACAAUCCAUUAAGACUAAGAGCAGCCAGGGUCAAGUAAACCCCUCUGGGCAGUGCAGGCCACAGGAUGUCAGAGUCCUUAGCCCAGG